GAUUUGUGUACCAAUCCACAGAGGAGGAGCUCGGAGUAAACGUCAUCAGUGCGCGACGCAGCGUGCAGGAUUGUGAAGGACGCCGACGAGAAGCUUGUGAUGAAAUAAGUCAAAUAUAAAGCUGUGUCAGGAGGACGCGGUAAAGAUGGCGGUGUCGUGUCUAACGCGGGCCCUGCGCUCCCUGGCUCUGUCCCAGCCUGCACUGCUCUCCCCGCAGGCAGUUGCAAAGACCAAGCUGGGAGCUCAGGUAACCAGUACAGUCGGGCAGUGCAGAGGCUUCCUCACCACGGCCUCUCUGGAGCAGAACAGGACAUUUUGGAAGCAGAGGGAGAAGUACACCACGACGCCUAUAGGGAUGAAAAAGACAGGAGGCAGAGAUAAAUCAGGAAGGAUACGGACACAUGGCAUCGGCGGUGGCCAUAAACAGAAAUACAGGUGGAUAGACUUCCAGCGCCUGCGCUACGAACCGGACCGAGAGGCCCAGCCCUUCGAAGAGAAGGUUGUGGAAGUGCGAUACGACCCAUGCAGGUCUGCUGACAUUGCUCUGGUAGCUGGAGGCAACCGCAAAAGAUGGAUCAUUGCUACAGAGAACAUGCAGGCUGGAGACGUCAUUAAAACAUCUGGAAUUAUUGGACGCAUGGCAGUCUCAGCCAAUGAGGGUGAUGCCUACCCACUGGGAGCUCUUCCCGUGGGGACACUGGUGAACAACCUAGAGGUCCAACCAGGGAGGGGAUCGGAGUACAUUCGUGCUGCAGGCACUAGUGGAGUUUUGCUUCGUAAAGUAAACGGAACAGCAAUCAUUCAGCUUCCUUCAAAGCAGCAGGUUCAGGUGUCGGAGACCUGCAUGGUAACGGUGGGGCGCGUGUCAAACAUCGACCACAAUAAACGGAUCAUCGGCAAAGCUGGACGCAACCGCUGGCUUGGAAUCCGCCCUUCGAGCGGCUUGUGGCAGAGAAAAGGAGGCUGGGCGGGACGCAAGAUUAAACCGCUGCCUCCGAUGAAGGUUUACGUCAACAUGCCCUCUAUCUCAGCUAAAUAACACGAUGGGAAACGUUCGGGACCGGAUCACUUGUAAUGCUAUGUUUGGUUCUUAAAAAUCAAGUCGACUGUUUGGAGAGAAAGUUCAAUAAAGACGAGCUUUUUGUACAGAAGAUUAAAAAUUUUAUUAAACACAACUGCUUGUGAGCAUGGAAAGAAACGAAACAAUAUAAAAAUCCAAAGCAUAUUUACAUCUAUAGUAAAACAUGCGGAGUAAUCCAUAUUUUUUAGUGGUAAAUUUAAAAAUACUGUCAUGUCAUUUAAAAUAGGGUUUGUGCAAAGACACUGGGUGGCAUUUCAAGUAACAGGAGCAACGAGAUGGCAUGUUAUUGUAAUUUGACCAUUAAUGAAAAAACUAACACUGAUGUUAAGUUCAUUUGUUGCUGUGCUAAAUUUUGAUGACAAAGUGAGCAUGCCUGCUCAUUGAUCCAGUCUUGUAAAACACCCCCAUGCUACCUCUAGAUUUAGGG